AUGGUUGUUCAGCAGUCGCUUAAUGGUUGUUCAGCAGUCGCCGGAGUUCAAGCAACGAAUCAUGUUUGUGUUGAAGAAAACGGGAUCGAACAUUGCACGAUUAACAAAAUCAGCACGCUCACAGUGAGACCAAAUGGAUCAAUUGCAUGCUUCAAGUCAACUGCUGCUCUCGCGACGAGCAACUCGUCUAUCCAGACCACCUCGAUCCGUCCGGCACCGAUGUCCCGUCUCACGACAGGAGCUCAGCGCUCGAGCUUUCGCCCUCGGGGCUCGCAUCCAGCUGGCCCCAGGGAUGGUGCUCCGGAGCGGAUCCGCCGCUUUGCUCCAAGCCAGGAAUACAGUCCGUACCACUCAGCUGCCGUGGACAAGCCGAAAAGCUAG